ACAUCCAGUAGGGCCCAGAGAGAUCCAAUAACCCGAGCCCAACACACAAAACCGAACCCACGCGGAAAUCCACUCGACCGGUGGCUUAGCCGCCAAUCCAUCUCCGAACAUACGUAUAUAUAUAUAUACAUAUAUAUACCAAAAUCAAAAUCAAAAUCAAAAUUCUUCCGAAGAAACCAGAAUCGAUCAUGGAAGGAGGAGGAGGAACCGAAGCUUUUCCCGAUCUCGGAUCUCACUGCCAGCAUUCCGAUUGCCAUCAACUCGAUUUUCUCCCGUUUAAAUGCGACGGCUGUCACAAGGUAUAUUGUUUGGAGCAUAGAUCGUAUAAAUCUCACGAGUGCCCCAAAUCGGAGCACAAGAGCAGGAGAGUAAUCGUUUGCGAAAUCUGCUCGGUUUCGAUUGAGGUUACCGGACGGAAGGAGGAGGAAGAUGCGAAGACGAUAUUCGAGAGACAUGAGAAGUCCGGAGAUUGUGAUCCGAAUAAGAAGAAGAAGAAACCGGUAUGUCCGGUGAGACGGUGCAGAGAGACGUUGACGUUUUCUAACACGAGCACCUGCAAGACCUGCCAAUUGAAGGUGUGUCUCAAGCACCGGUUUCCAGCUGAUCAUGACUGCCAUAAGGCUGCAAAUCCUGCUGCCGAAACUGUGCCCAGAAAGGAGAGAUGGAAUGAGAGGUUUCUGGCUGCUAUGACUUCCAGGAACGGGAAAGAUUGCGCAAUGAAUGGUGGCAGGACGACAUCUCCACCAAGUACUCCAUCCAUCAAAGUCUCUUAGAUUGCCAGAAUGCCAAAAGGCAAAGAGAUUCAAAUUACAUGCUGUAUAAUUCAUCAAUAAAGUCUAUUUUCCCUUCAAAUAAGAAUUUCACCAUUCUAGAAAUGUCUAACCAUAUUCAAGGGAUUUGGUUGUUGUUGUUUUCGCUCUGACAUGAGAUUUAGUAGAAUUUUCUUUCUUGGACCCUGCAAAUCAAGAAGCCUCUAUGAG